AUGUGUGAGAACGAACUUAAAACUAAAGCUGAUGCCACUGCACAAAUUGAAGUGAUACCAUGCAAAAUCUGUGGCGAUAAGUCCUCUGGGAUCCACUAUGGAGUCAUCACUUGUGAAGGCUGCAAGGUACGGGACUUUGAAUGCUGCCAAAGGGCUGUGCUUGCCUCUGGGGUCCAUGUGACUGCUGCAGUGACGUCUUUUAAAGGACUGCCAAUGGAUCUUGUGCUUGCUGCAGACAGGAGAAUUUCUGGGUUCUUCAGAAGGAGCCAGCAAAACAAUGCCUCUUACUCUUGCCCAAGGCAGAGAAACUGUUUAAUUGACAGAACCAACAGAAACCGUUGCCAACAUUGCCGACUGCAAAAGUGUCUUGCCCUAGGAAUGUCCAGAGAUGCUGUGAAAUUCGGCAGGAUGUCCAAGAAGCAAAGAGACAGUCUGUAUGCUGAAGUGCAAAAGCACCAGCAGCGGCUGCAGGAGCAACGGCAACAGCAGAGUGGAGAAGCGGAAGCCCUGGCCAGGGUGUAUAGCAGCAGCAUCAGUAAUGGGCUAAGCAACCUGAACAACGAGGCCAGCGGCACUUAUGCCAAUGGACAUGUCAUUGAUCUGCCCAAGUCAGAGGGUUAUUACAGCGUGGAUUCUGGCCAGCCAUCUCCUGAUCAAUCAGGACUCGACAUGACUGGAAUCAAACAGAUAAAGCAAGAACCUAUCUAUGACCUCACAUCAGUCCCCAACUUGUUUACCUAUAGCUCUUUCAACAAUGGGCAGUUAGCACCAGGGAUAACAAUGACUGAAAUCGAUCGAAUUGCACAGAACAUCAUCAAGUCCCAUCUGGAGACAUGUCAGUACACCAUGGAAGAACUCCACCAGCUGGCAUGGCAGACGCAUACCUAUGAAGAAAUCAAAGCAUAUCAAAGCAAGUCCAGGGAAGCACUGUGGCAGCAAUGUGCUAUCCAGAUCACUCAUGCCAUCCAGUAUGUAGUCGAGUUUGCAAAGAGGAUAACAGGGUUCAUGGAGCUCUGUCAAAAUGAUCAAAUUCUACUUCUAAAGUCAGGUUGCUUGGAAGUGGUUUUAGUGAGAAUGUGUCGUGCCUUCAACCCAUUAAAUAAUACUGUUCUGUUUGAAGGAAAAUAUGGAGGAAUGCAAAUGUUCAAAUCCUUAGGUUCUGAUGACCUGGUAAAUGAAGCUUUUGACUUUGCAAAAAAUUUGUGUUCCUUGCAGUUGACUGAGGAAGAGAUUGCUUUGUUCUCAUCUGCUGUUCUGAUAUCUCCAGACCGAGCUUGGCUGAUUGAACCAAGGAAGGUCCAGAAGCUUCAGGAAAAAAUUUAUUUUGCACUUCAACAUGUGAUUCAGAAGAAUCAUCUGGAUGAUGAGAUAUUAGCAAAGUUAAUAGCCAAGAUACCAACCAUAACGGCAGUAUGUAACUUGCAUGGGGAGAAGCUGCAGGUAUUUAAGCAAUCACAUCCAGACAUAGUGAAUACACUCUUUCCUCCGUUAUACAAGGAGCUCUUUAAUCCUGACUGUGCCACCGUCUGCAAAUGAAGGCAACAGGAGAACUGUCUCAUAGUCCUGGAAUGCAUCACCAUUAAGACAAAAGCAAUGUGUUCAUGAAGACUAAAGAAUUAUGUCACUACUGCAACAUUAGGAAUGUCCUGCACUUAAUAGAAUUAUUUUUCACCGCUACAGUUUGAAGAAUGUAAAUAUGCACCUGAGUGGGGCUCUUUUGUUUAUUUGUCUGUUUGGUUUUAAAAUGACCAUAAAUAUAAAAAUAUAGGACACUGGGUGUUAUCUUUUUUUAAUUUGGGUAUGUUUUGGGAGACAAUUGUUUAUAGAAUUUUAUUGUAGAUAUAAAUAAGAACAGAGCGGUA